AUGCCCAGCAAGACGCCCAAUAGCAACGGCAACAAGCCUAUCGAGAAUGACACUAGAAACAAGGGUGACGUCGAGAUGAAGGAUUCUGGAAAGACCAGCCCUAAGAAAGGUGCCAAAGAUGGUGAUGAUGAGAUGACAGUUGUCGUUCCCAUCACAAAGGCAUCGAAACAGUCAUCAAAGCAGCUUCACGAUGCUGAUGGUGACGUGUCUAUGGGUGGUGAGGAGAAUACUGCCGGUGACGGCGACAAGGUUGAUCCUGUCGUGCAGACAGUGGCAGAUAUCAAGAGCAACUUUGCCUUGUUAGACCGAGCCGUUGCAUUGUUCGAUCCGAGAUUUUCCCUGCGCGCCCUGCGCUCCAUUUCGCUUAUUCGUAAACGACUGACACCGGACAUUAUUGGUCAAGUAAUUGUCGAUACCUUCCCAGCUACCGUUACGUCAGGCAACAUUGCCAAGGGCCUUCUCAUUGCUGUUGGUCGUGAGAGCAUGCCCUUGGGUCGCCAUGCUAGUUCAGAAAUGGAAAUCGACUCGGCAGAACCCAAAUCGACCAAGAACGGCAAGAAGGAAAACAAGGAGAUUAUCCCCGAAAUUGACAUCUUCAUUGGCAUCUUGAUCCAGGUUUAUCUCUUUGACUCUCGCAAGUUUAAAGAUGGCGCCGAGUUCAGCAAGAACCUGUCCAGGCGCAUCCAGGCUUUGAAUCGUCGCACUCUUGACUCACUCUCCGCCAAGGUUUACUUCUACUACUCUCUCUUCUGUGAGCACAUUGCGCCACUACCACCAUCCCCGGAGUCUCCCAUAGUUUCCAUCAGACCCACUCUGCUUGCAGUUAUGCGAACCGCCGUUCUUCGAAAGGAUAUCGACACCCAAGCCUCGGUCAUUGUCCUGCUGCUGCGGAACUACCUGCUGACUUCACACAUAAGCCAAGCUGACUUGCUUGUCUCCCACACUCAGUUCCCUGAAAAUGCCGUCAACAAUCAGGUAGCGCGGUUCUUAUACUACCUUGGUCGUAUCAGAGCAAUCCAGCUGCGAUACACAGAGGCUCACGAGCACCUUACUGCCGCCACUCGCAAAGCUCCUUCAAGCAACUGCGCUGUCGGCUUCUCCCAAACAGCCACCAAGCUACUCAUGGUCGUUGAGCUGCUGAUGGGAGAUAUCCCUGACAGAGCGACGUUCCGACAGCCGGCUCUGGAAGAUGCCCUUCGUCCGUACUUUUUAUUGGUUCAGUCUGUUCGCGUUGGCAAUCUAGAGGACUUUGAGACGACCAUUGCUGAGCACGCUGAUGCUUUCCGACGCGACGGUACAUACUCUCUUAUUCUCCGCUUGCGACAAAAUGUCAUCAAGACGGGUAUCCGUAUGAUGUCUCUUUCGUACUCUCGCAUAUCUCUGCGGGAUAUCUGCAUUCGUCUCCACCUGGGAAGUGAAGAAUCUGCAGAGUAUAUCGUAGCAAAGGCGAUCCGGGACGGCGUCAUCGAGGCAACUUUGGACCGCGAGCGUGGCUUCAUGAAGAGCAAGGAAGUGGGCGAUGUUUACGCCACAAGAGAACCAGGCGAGGCCUUCCAUGACCGAAUUCGAGCUUGCCUUGCCCUGCACGACGAGAGUGUCAAGGCUAUGCGUUUCCCUAUGAACCAGCACCGACUUGAGCUUAAGAACGCUCAAGAAGCCCGGGAGCGCGAACGCGAGAUGGCCAAGGAAAUCCAGGAAGGGGACAUGGACGAGGACGAUUUGGGCGGCGACUUUGAUGGCAUGUAA